ACUGACACCAACAGGAAGUGAUGUUCGUGGUGGAGCCACUUCCUGUUCCGGCAGUCCCUGCACGCUGCAUCCACAAAUGAGCUCCUGAUAGAAAGCGAGCGGCGGAUUGGAUCGGAAGCUGAGCUGCUAGGGGUCCUGCUCAGGAGGAAAGCGUGGACACCAUGAGCGAUAUACGCCAUUCUCUUCUGCGCCGUGACGCGCUCAGUGCUGCCAAGGAGGUCCUCUACCACCUGGAUAUCUACUUCAGCAGCCAGCUUCAGAAUGCCCCAGUGCCUCUUGUAGAGAAGGGACCUAUAGAGCUGCUUGAGGAAUUCAUCUUUCAGGUUCCUAAAGAUCGGGGCUCUCACCCUAAGCGAUUCAGUGCCAUGCAAGAGCUUCAGCUGCUGGAGAUACUCUGCAACUACUUCCAGGAACAGAACAAGGAGGCUGUGCGUCAAGUAAUCUUCUCCUCACUCUUUAGCCCGCAAGGCAAUAAGGCCGAUGACCAGCGUAUGACGCUGCUGGGGAAGCUCACGUCUAUGUCUGUGGCAGUGUGCAGGGUGCCUGUGCUGGAGUGUGCUGCAUCUUGGUUGCAGCGCACCCCAGCUGUAUAUUGUGUUCGGUUGGCUAAGGCCCUGGUGGAUGAUUACUGCGGCCUAGUACCUGGCUCAGUCCAGACGCUCAAACACAUCAUAAGUGUCAGUCCUCGCUUCUGUUGCCAGUUCAUCACUGCAGUGGCUGCUCUCUAUGAUAUGUCCAGUGAGGAGCUGCUACCCCCUCAUAAUCUCCUGGAGAUGAUUGUUUCAUGGAUCUUUGAUGAUCCUAGGCUUAUACUGAUCACUUUCCUUAAUACUCCCAUUACUGCCAAUCUGCCUCUUGGCUUCUUAGACUUUUCUCCUCUCAUGGGCCUGGUACGUUGGUGUGUGACAGCUCCCCUGGCAUACACACGCAAACAGAAGGCAGCAGGGGGGCAGCUAACUGUGGAGAGCCAAGGCCUAUACUCAAAGCUGCAUCUGAGCAUGUUACAAGGUCUCAUGGUCCUUCAGACUCAAUUGACAGAAAAAAGCCUCUAUGGAAGACUGGGACUCUUUCAUUUCGACCAACUUGUGCCUCUGGUGGAGGAAUUGGGACAGUUAUGUGAUGAGCUUAACCCAUUAAAUGCAGAGCAGGAGAUGGAAUUAGCACUUGAUAGGCUUGCUCAGGCUCUGCAGGUUUCCAUGGCGACAGGGGCUUUACUUUGUGCCCGAGAUGACCUGCGGACACUGUGCGCUAGACUCCCCCAUAACAACCUUAUGCAGUUGGUGAUCUCUGGUCCUGUUCAGCCUCAGCCAGCUCACCCGUCUCUAACUCCAGGCUAUUACCCCCACAUUCAUACCCCACCCCUGGCCUAUCCCUCUCUGCCCGCUCACCCAGCUCUGCCCGCUCAUUCGCCACUUCCUACACAUGCGGCGGUGCCUGCUAUCCCAGCUAUUCCUGGGCACCCUGUGCAGACUUUCAUGCCUGGGAUGGGCUUUCCAUUUAGACCUAUGCGCUGAGUUCCCAUAACUGUAACAGAAUGAGACUUUUACCUUUGCGCUGCUGACAGAGGCGCCAUGCACAAAGACAUCAGGCUACUUCUUCAAUGGACUUUAGUGCCCGUGAAUCAUCUGAUCUUCAUUUGGUGCUUCAAGAACCACGUUCAACUGAAAAAGAGAGUGAAAGACCAAAGUCAGGCAAAUCUGUUGCUGCUUGUUGCACACCAUGCAGGCCAGGCUCAAUUAAAUUUGACCUUCGAAGACGUUGUAUGGAUAGCUGUGGUUAGACAAAAAGAGUUAGUAGUCUGCAUCACCUUUUCUCUUCCCUGUGGGUCUAAUACAGGGUAAAGUAACCUGCAGCCCCUCAGCUGUCUUAUAGUUCAGCCUAAACUGUUGCCUGGAGUUGUUUCCACUAUGGAGGGUGCUUAUUAUUGCUUGAACUGAUUGGACAUCACUCAGUGAAAUAAUGGCAAGAUAUUAAACUACUAGGUCACCCCCUCUUUUUCUGCUUGGGAUUAUAACACAAUAGGAGGUGUUAAGGAAGUUUGAGGACAAAUUAUCUCAAUGGCAGCUGAGACAAGGCCAAAAUACAAGCUCAGCCAAUAACAAUUUUCACUGGAGUUGGGGUAAAUAAAGCAAAAGAGUAAUAAAUCUACAUUGAGCUACACAAAGCCAUAGGGGGUGGGGGGUAUAAUGAUCCUUUCAAGAUUAUUUUGGAGUUUCAAAUGCAUUGCUCUGUUAUAAUAAAGGCAGCGGCACUGGAUACCUGUUACUUCUGGAAGAUAUAUACAAAUUGAUAUCUUUUUAUUUUAAAGGGUUUGUUCACCUUCCAAACAUUUUUUUCAGUUCAGUUAUUUUCAGAUUGUUCAGCAGAAAUAAAGAUACAUUUUAAAAAA